ACACGAUCAUUUUAACUCAGUUGAGUUCAACAUUUCAUCCGCAAAUGUUGGAUGUGGUCGUCAUCUACUAUAUUUCGUUAUCGUCGUCGUUGUGUUGUGUGUCUUCUCGCACAUUUUUUUAAUGAGUCACACUCAAAUUAAACGUCAAAUGUCAGAUUUCGCUGUCAAAAAAUCUCUUCUUCAUCAAUAAAAAUAUAUUGCGGCUGUGAAUUAUAAAAAGAAAUAAAAAUAAUUAAAAAAAACGUGUUUUUUUGUUAUUCACAUUAAAGUGAAACUUAAAGGAGAGAAAACUUCCAUAAAAAAUUUCCAAUUUCCAAAUGUCAAUGGAUACAUGAAUGAGUGAAAUCCUAGUGUGGUGAAUUUAGAAAAGCAAAAAAAAAAAAAAAAAAAUAAAUGAAAAUACAAAUCUCAUAAAUUAUAACGAGAGAGAUAAAUGAUGUGUAGAUAAUUUUUUGUGAAUUUAUUUGCAAAAAAUAAUAAUUAAAAAUAAAUAAGAAAAAAUAAAUGUGUAUAAAUAAAACCAGAAAUAAUUUAAAAAAUAGUAUAUUUUGGGGUCUUACGUUUUCGCCCAUUAUGCAAAUUAUACCUACCUUAUAUAUCUACUCAAUAAAUGAAUAAAGAAAGUUACCAAUAAUAAUAAUAAAUAAAAAAAAAAUGUUUAUUUAAAAAAUUAGGUCAGGAAAUCGUCGUGUGUGAAAUCAAUGAUGGUUUUUAAAUUUUACAAUUAAAUUAAUGCAAUUUUUGAUUGUUUUAACAUAAUUUGUGAAUAAUAAGAGUGAAAAUAUCCAUUUUUUUUUCUUGAGAGAGUGAAAUUUUUUUUAUCAGUGGAGUUGGUUUUAAUACAUUUUAUUUCAUCUGAGGAUUUUAUUUAUAAAUUGGAUACCUAUAAAAUAAUAUUUUAAGAUCUGGGAUAUACAUUCCAAAUCGAAGGGUUUUCUUCGUGGAAAUAUUAAACAAUGGCUCGUGUCAAAAUGGCUACCCAAUUAUCUAUUAAACCAUCACUUGGUGAAACAACAACACUUGGAACGCAAAUAAACCAUCAAAAUGCGUCCGCCAUUGAUAGCGACUUCUGCCAAAAAUGAAGUGGUUCAACCACUGGCAUUACCAUCACAAAACAACCAUAAAUCUCUAUUAGAGAAUCAACAGCUUUUAACAACUUCAAAUAAUAACAAUAUCCACAUCGGAGAUUUUGAUCCAUCCGAAUUUCGUAUUGUCGAUCUCAGUACAUCACCACCAGUCACACCCGAAACAGCAUUUGACAGAUCACCAAAUCAUCAACAACAACAACUAUUCCAUCAUCAUCAGACUGCCCUACGUUCGAACUCGAAUUCGAAUUUUUUUGUGAAUAAUCUUGACGAGAAAUACGUUCUGUUUGAGUCAUUUGCUUCAUCAGAUGACACAUCAUUGAAUAUUGAAUCAGCUGCUAAUCAUCAUCAUCAUCAUUUGCCGUUGUCUGAAACAGAACCUCUUCUAACAAACAUCGAAGCGACUGUUUCCGAUCCGGAUCGUUCGAUUUGCCUCCACAAGAAUAGUGCCUCAUUGAUAUUCACCAAAAAAGAAGUUUCAUCAAAUAACAGUCGUAGACAUCAUCAUCAUCACCACCAUCGUGUAAAUAGUUACACGGAUGAUCAAAGUAUUGAAAGUCAACCAUUUUUAUCGUAUCAACGUCAAUCCAUUGGCGCAACUGCUAGCGAAUACUCUGCAAAUCAAACCAAACAUCUUCAUAGUCACCACCGCAACAGCAGUAACCAUCAUAAUCAUCACAAUUAUUUGGAAAAAAGCAGUGGAGGACGUGUUCAACAUCAUCGACGAAGUCUUCCUUUGAAUUAUUCAGGAGGUACGAAUAAUAGUAAUAACGCUAGUCAGCGAUCUGGAAAUUAUUCAGCCAACAAACAGACAACAAACACAACGGCUGCCAAUACAAGGAAACAGCACGCGUACUCUUGGUACGCUCCGGUAUAUAGCGCCCUCGAAGAAGAAUUAGAGCAGGAAUCAAGGGACUCCUCACCAAUUCACAAUCUGGCCAACGCUAAGAAAACGCCCAGCCAUCAGGUGCCAUGUUCGGAAAAUGAAACAGUCUCCCUAUUAGAUUCGAAGAAUCAACUUAACAUCCAACCACAACUUCAUUUAACUAAUUUGCGGGCACGUCGUGCCAUAUCAUCACCACAACCACCAACAAAUCUAACUCUUCCUCUGACUUCAACUACAACAACAACCAACAACGCCACCUACCCGCCACCAUACAAUAACAAUAACCUUGUCAACGGCAUCCACAAUCAAACAAAUCACCACCAACAAAAUGAAAACGAGGGCCCUCAUGCAGGCUCACUACUUGCUGGGGGCCCAAUACCAAGGCGGCGACGUUUUGAGAAUUUCCUGAAAUCCCUGGUCGGUCGCAAACCAUCCAAGGAUACAUCAUUUAGUCCACCGUUGCUACCAUCACCCGAAAUAACUAUCACACGAACUCCAUCCGAUCAGAAUGUAAUCUUAAGAGAUCCAUCGGGAAUGCGACAGCCAUUGCAUCCGGAAUCGGUUAGCUAUUUGCCCGACAAAGUACCAACGACUAGCAGUACGACAUCAUUGAACACUGCUGUCCAGCAGAAGCUAUGGAAUGUGGUGCCACUGUUGCGGCGAGAAGGCAGUGCUGCCAGUUUGCAUCAUGAAAAGUCCCAGUCGAUUGUACAGUAUACGGGAAUGCGAAAGUGCGAAACCGUACUCGCACUCACGCGUCAAUCAUCGUCAGUAUGUUCGCCAGUGUCUGAUACCAGUGGCACGCCACUAGGUGGCAGUCGCACCGGUGGCAUACGUGACAGUGGCGGUGGCUGCAGCAUUAACGGAAUCGAGCAAAUAAGACCGCUCAAUCGAUUGCGAAAUAGUAUGUCGACCUCGAACGCUACGUGUUCGCGUUGUUCUAGUCUGUUAUCGUUGGCCGUGUCCGGUUCACGGUAUUCCUUGAAUACCGCUAAUAGCGGAUUCGUAAAUGUUAAUAACAAUUCAAAUAAUCUAAACAAUAACUUUAGCAAUCUAAGUAGUAGUAGUAUCAUAAGUAAGACCAACGAUUGUGUAGAUGGCGGUAGUAGUAGUAAUGGUAGUUCGAGGAAGAGUUCCGCUAACGAUAGUAGUAACAUUCCGCCAUCGAAUGUGACGACUGCGACAUUGAAUUCCACAUCAUCGCCGUCGUCGGGUUCGAGUCCAUUGUCGCCGAUUAUUGUGUCAAGCAUUAGUGGAACGGCAGUGGCAACACUUCCAGUUGAAUUGGAAGAGUUUACAUGCAAACUUUGUCUGGUGGAUGUGGCACCGAAGGAGGCGACAACACUGGCGCAAUGCGGAUGUCGAUUUUGUACUGAGUGUAUGAGAGCUUAUGUGGAAUUUGAAAUAUCAGAAGGAGCUUAUGACAUAUCAUGUCCCGAUGCACAAUGCCCAUCCCAAGGUGUUGUUGCAUUGAAUGAAAUCGAUAAGCUGACAUCACAAAAUCUUAUGAAGAAACAUCAUCGAUAUCGAUUAAAUCGAGAAAUAGAAUUGGACAAAUUCCGCACUUGGUGUCCAAGAGCUGGUUGUGAGACUGUAUGUUUGGUUGGUUGUACAUCUGAUUCGGCGCUGGCACCAUCAUCUUCGUCAAACGAAGAUAAAGACAAUGCAAUCCUACAAGCUGCGCUAUGUCCGGUUCAAUGUCCUUCCUGCAAGGAUGAAUUUUGUUCCGGUUGUAAAAAACCGUGGCAUCCAAACAUGUCCUGUGAUGAAAACAAUCGGCGAUUGGCAGCCGAUGGCCAAGAUGAUAUUGGCAUACCAUUUGAUAAUGAUUUAAUUAAAUGCUGUCCAAUGUGUGCUGUUCCUAUUGAAAAGGACGAAGGCUGUGCCCAAAUGAUGUGUAAACGUUGCAAACAUGUCUUCUGUUGGUAUUGUCUAGCUAGUUUAGACGACGACUUUCUUCUACGUCAUUAUGACAAGGGACCAUGUAAAAAUAAAUUGGGACAUUCCCGAGCUUCUGUGGUAUGGCACAGAGCUCAAGUGAUCGGCAUCUUUGCUGGUUUUGGCAUUUUACUGCUAGUGGCAUCACCAUUAUUGCUAUUGGCAGCACCAUGUAUUAUUUGUUGCAAAUGUCGCAUUUGUAGUGGCGGCAAUAAGAUGGAAGAAGGCGAAGGUGAUAUGGAAGAAGCUACAGCGCUUCAAAGCUAAUAUCCACCAUCAGCGCCAUCUAGUAAUACAUCAAUUCAAAAAAAGAAGAAUUGCAACACUAAACACAAAGUUGGCAAAAGAGAAUCCGAAAAUAUGUAUAUGUAUUAUUAAGUGCUUAUUUUUGCAAGCUCAUAUAGGAUUGAAGAGUUUAAAAUAUAAAAAUAUCGAGGUUUAGCAAAACACGUCACUAAACAGGAGACAACAAAAAAUUUAUCAAUGCAAGCCACAACGAAAAACAAAAAACAAAAUUUAGUCACAUUUAAGAAAUUAUUUUGCGAAUUAUAAAUGCAACAACAAUUAAUCUUAAAAAAAAAACUAAAUUCAAAAUUCUCAUCAAACAUUUUGUAUAAAUUAUAGAAGUAAUUGCUCCGAUAAGAAAAGAUAAUUUGACAUUUCCAUACAAAUUAUCGAUAACAAAAAAUGAUAAUGUCGAGUCUGGCAGCACUGAUUGUAUCAGCGCUAAGAAAUUUUCUGGACUUAACUAAAGUCUGUAAGAUAUAAAA